GCUGAAUAUUUAUGAAAGACGGGUAACAUUAUGUUAUGCAUGCCACGUUUUAAUUAGUAGUUUAGGACCGUGCAAUCGCUACUAAUGCUGCGUUCUUCAUAAGUUCAAAAUUUUUUCGAGAUAUCUAGAGAACGUUCAAGUUAUUUUUCAUGAUGGCCCAAAGCCGGUACUUUAGGCGAGGACAAUACUCCGGCAAGCAUUUUAACUUGGCAAACACAGUACUGGUGAAGCUGGAAGAAGGCGUAUUCUGCUUAGGAUAUCUUCAGGAUGUCCAAGGGGAUGAUGUUUAUAUUGAUUUUGAUUGUGCCGUGAUUUGCCCUUCGUGGGUGCAAACCCGGUUCGUGUGGUUCCAUAAUCUUAUUGAGGACAGCAGUGGUCCUGAUGUCCAAGUUGCUCUGCGGAGCGAGAACGAGCAAUGGAAAGGUGCGUAUGUAUUCCAACCAGCAAGAAAAGUCGGAAAGUGUGGAUGGGACAACUUGUAUAUGUGUUACAUUACAACGGAAAGACAGGCUUGUACGGAACAGAAGCCUACAUUCCAACUGGUGCAUCGCUGGCAGAUUGUGAAAGAAUUGCCGGACGAAAAUUGUUCAUCAAUAUGCGACCAACGAAAUCAGAUCCAUUUCGGAAAGCAUACCAUUCUUUUAACGGACUCACUUACUCUGCCGGCAAUCAAUGAAUCAAACGUCGCAAAUUUCUUGGACAGCGCAUUCGGGAAAUAUCAGAAGAGGAUCAGCACUCCAUUUCCGGACAUCCGCGAUCGAUUGUAUGUGGGACUUAGUGCCAAAAAGAUUACCAUCACUAUUUUAGAUAUUUCGACAUUCCGGGAAGGUCAGCGCGGUAAAGCAUGGUGGGAGGAUGGAAUUCACGAAAAACUGCUAGCUGCCGAAAAUUGUUUGCUGAAAAGUGAGGGCUCGUAUUAUUCAUAUCGUUCCAACCGUUGGGAGAUGCAGCUGUGUUGCGCCAAAGCAACAAAAAACGAAAGUAUUCUGCUGUCACUUGGUAUCCGGUCUUUGGAUGUCAUGGCAGAAAUUCUGGCGCUUCUGGAUGCUCAUUCCCUUGCCUACAGCCGACGGGUGUGUGUUUUGUGGAACACAUUAGCAGAAACCGACGCAUUCUCAUUCAUGAAUACAUUUACUACAAUUGACUUCCGCUAUAUCUGCACUGAAAGAAUCGUCCGGUGGGACACAAAAGGAUAUUACACUGGAUUCGUAUUAGAGCAGAGCAUCAAAAGCCAUACGAAGGUUCUUGCGUUGCUCAACAUGGUCGAAGAUCAUGAGAUGUCAGGAAUGGAAAAUGUUGUUUCUACUUUUCUGCUGAUAAAAAGCAGAUGUUUUUCGAUCAUCGUCGUGAAGAACUAUUAUCGGAAAGUUUCUUUGCCGUUUUCAGCAAUUUUGCAGUCCACUCCGAUGACGCUUCGGUUUGCUAGACGCUGCAGAACAUUAAUAUUGUUGGAUUUCACCGUUACGAUCCCCCACCGCCGGUAUCUGCAUUUUGCCUUUAGUAUGCCGGGCUACUGUCAAGCUGAUGAUAACGUACGCCUGCUCAUAACCAUUCCUUAUAUAAAACUAGACGGUUACCACGACGGUAUAAAGAAUAUCGUACGACGUUUUAAAGCCGCCUUAAACGAACAAUGUCCCGUCUUGGAUGUUGGGGUCGCAAAUCAGCUGAGACAACUGUAUGCCAAUUGGCUUCGAACAAUUCCGCCUUAUGACGCUCGAUGGGGAGGAUUUAUAUCGUUGCUAGAGCUAUUACCUUGUUCGCUACCUUGCCCGCUACCUUGUCAAUGUUCUCUACAGAUUACCUUGUUCGCUACCUUGCCCGUCAAGGUAUAUUUCGGCAGCCAGCUAGCAGUCUAUCGGCCUGUCUUAACUACUAGUACUAAACACAUACAGCGUAAGUACAUACUACAUACCUAUUUCUUCAUGCAAAAUCGCAACUGUUUAGUGGCCAACGUUUGCGGGGAGUGAAGGUAUUCAAAUUAAUUUAAUUUGAGGGUGAUGUUACGCAAGCACCCUCAGUGUUAGUUUGUCACGUACUAAUUGGCGCAGCAGUUUGUCCUUAAGAACAACAUACUAGAAGUACUGCAUUACUCCUUAUCCGGCACUAUUCGCCCGAUCGACUAGCAUUGUCAGAUCUGGACGGUGUGGCGCUGCCUGCCCCUUGCCGGGCAUCUCGCAACAUGUAUGACUUAUUCCUUAUACUCGGUGUUAUGGAAUUUGAUCGUACGGGUACGUAGUCAGACGUACUUGCAAAAGCAAAAUAAUGGAGUAUACGACGUGAAUACAGACAGAAAUACAUGUGAAUAGUGAAUACAUAAGAAUACGUGAAAUACAGUGAACAAAAAAAACGGGCCGAUUUUACAGAGUGGUACGAAAUGGGCCAGAUAGGCCUAGGCGCGUAGACUGACGACCGAAAUAUGUGGAAGCUGAAGGGAGCGCCGGCCGAAAUUUACUGCGAGUCUGCGACCGAAGUGAACGGCGGCCGAACUGAAUCGCGGCCGAAAAACUUUGGCCGAAAUGAAAACGGCCGAAGUGAUGGGUAACCG